AUGGCGGCGCCCAGCGCUACCUCGCUUGAGAAGAGCGAGGAGCCAACGUCUGAGGCUGAGGCGCUGGCCGCGGCCCGGGACCGGAGCAACCGCUACUUAAGCGGGCUAGAGCUGGUGAAGCAGGGCGCGGAGGCGCGCGUGUUCCGAGGCCGCUUUCAGGGCCGCGCGGCCGUGGUGAAGCAUCGCUUCCCCAAGGGUUACCGACACCCAGUACUGGAGGCGCGGCUUAGCCGGCGGCGGACCGUGCAGGAAGCCCGGGCGCUGCUCCGCUGUCGCCGCGCAGGGAUUUCUGCCCCAGUUGUCUUUUUUGUGGACUAUGCUUCCAACUGUUUAUAUAUGGAAGAAAUCGAAGACUCGGUGACUGUUCGAGAUUAUAUUCAAUCCACCGUGGGCACUGAAAAAGCUCUGCAGAGCCUGUCCUGCUUAGCCAAGGCAGUCGGGCAGCUCUUAGCUCGAAUGCACGAUGAAGACCUCAUUCACGGUGACCUCACCACCUCCAACAUGCUCCUGAAACCGCCUGUGGAGCAGCUGAACAUCGUGCUCAUAGACUUCGGGCUGAGCUUCAUCUCAGCACUUCCAGAGGACAAGGGAGUGGACCUCUAUGUCCUCGAGAAAGCCCUCCUCAGUACGCACCCCAACACCGAAACUGUGUUUGAAGCUUUUCUGAAGAGCUACUCCUCCUCCUCCAAAAAGGCCCGGCCAGUGCUGAAAAAGCUGGAUGAAGUUCGCUUGAGAGGGAGAAAGAGGUCCAUGGUUGGAUAA